AUGGCCACUAGAAACACUGAAAAGUGUUUGAAAAGGCGGGCUCUGUCCCUGAUCCUUCUGUUCUGUGUGUCGGGUGUGAGAACCGCAACUGUUCGGUAUUCUGUGACUGAAGAAACCGAGAGCGGGUCCUUCGUGGGAAAUAUCGCAAAGGAUCUGGGACUGACACCUGAGAAACUCUCUGCUCGCCAGGGUCGGAUCAUUUCUGAAGGGGAAAAGCAGUAUUUUCAACUCCAGCUCAGCACCGGGUAUUUGUUUAUUCAGGAAAAAAUAGACCGAGAGGAGCUCUGCGGGCAAAUGUAUCCCUGCGUGAUGCAUUUGGAGGUUUUGCUGGAGAAGCCACUGCAAUCCUACCAAGCCGAGGUAAGCAUUAACGAUAUAAAUGAUCAUUCCCCGGUGUUUUUAAAUAAAGAAUUGCUCUUAAAGAUCUCAGAGUCUGCAGUGCCCGGAACACGGUUUUUACUGGAGAGUGCUCUGGAUUUAGAUGUAGGGAAUAACAGUCUGCAGAACUACAGCAUUAGAGCUAAUGACUAUUUCCAUAUUUACACACGGGACCGCAGUGACGGGAGAAAGUACGCGGAGCUGGUACUCGAUAAAACACUCGAUCGCGAGCAGCACCCGGAGCUCAGAUUGACUGUGGUUGCUGUCGACGGUGGCUUCCCCCAGCGGUCAGGAUCGGCACAAAUCCGCAUUACUGUUUUGGAUAUAAAUGACAAUAUCCCAGUGUUCGUUCGGCCUCUCUAUAAAGCCCAGGUUUUGGAAAAUAGUAUUGAAGAUUACUUACUCGCUACAGUCUCGGCAACCGAUUUGGACGAGGGAAGCAAUGGGGAGAUCUCCUACUCUAUUAUUCAAAACUCUCAGGAAAAUCGCCAAACGUUUAUGAUAAAUCCCAUCACCGGGGAAAUUCGACUCAAACGAGUUCUAGAUUUUGAAGAAAUGGAAAAUUAUGAGAUAGACGUGCAGGCCACAGACGGCGGGGGUCUUUCUGCUCACUGCAAAGUCCUUGUGAAGGUUCUGGAUUUGAAUGACAAUGCCCCAGAAGUUACAAUCACAUCGCUCACUAGCCCCAUCCCCGAGGACGCGCCCCCCGAGACGGUGGUGGCUUUAUUCAGUGUCAGGGACCGCGACUCCGGGGACAACGGCAGAACAUCAUGUUCUAUAGAGGACCACGUGCCUUUUACACUUACACCAUUACCAAAAAAUUCCUAUUUCCUAAAGACAGAAAUCUCGCUGGACCGCGAGAGCGUGUCGGAGUACAACAUCACGAUCGUGGCGCGGGACCAGGGCGCCCCCAGCCUGUCCGCCGAGCAGAGGAUCAGGGUGAGAGUGUCCGACAUCAACGACAACGCGCCCGUGUUCAGCCAGGCGGCCUACACCAUGCACGUGCGGGAGAACACGGCGCCCGGCACGGCGAUCGGCACAGUGCGCGCCGCCGACGCGGACGCGGAGCACAACGCCCGAGUGACCUACUCGCUCGUGCCCGCCGGCGCCGGCGCCGGGGCCCUGCCCGUGCUCGCCUACGUGGCGGUGAACUCGGCGGACGGCAGCGUGUACGCGCUGCGCUCCCUGGACUACGAGCAGACGAGGCAGCUGGAGGUGGGCGUGAGAGCGACGGACGCCGGGUCCCCGGCGCUCAGCUCCGAGGCCGUGCUGCGCGUCGUGGUGCUGGACGAGAACGACAACGCGCCCUUCGUGCUGCACCCGCUGCAGAACAGCACGGCGGCGUGGAGCGAGCUGGUGCCGCGCUCGGCCGAGCCGGGCUACCUGGUGACCAAGGUGGUGGCGGUGGACGCGGACGCGGGGCAGAACGCCUGGCUGUCCUACCAGCUGCUCCGCGCCACGGAGCCGGGGCUCUUCGCCGUGGCGCUGCACAGCGGCGAAGUGAGGACGAGCCGGCCGCUGACGGAGCGCGACACGGUGAAGCACAGGCUUAUUGUGCUCGUCAGGGACAGCGGGGAGUCGCCCCUGUCCUCCUCCGCCACCCUCAACAUCCUGCUCGUGGACGGCUUUUCCGACGCCUACCUGCAGUCCGCUGAUGCCGCCGCCGCCGCCGCCGCCGAAGGGGCCGACACAGGCGCUUUAACCAUGUACCUAACCGUCUCCCUGUGCCUCGUGUCCUUCCUCUUCCUGCUGUCCGUCGUGACAUUUGUCCUGCUCAAGGUGUGCCGGAGGAGAGGGGGCGGGGAGCAGUACACCAGUGCUCCCGGCACGUUGUAUGGCGACGGCAACUUGCCGAGAGACUGGGUGGAUGUGUCGGGGACCGGCACCCUGUCCAGGAGUUACCGAUACGAAGUGUGCUUGAGCACGGGGUCGGGGAGCAGCGAAUUCCGGUUCCUGAGGCCCCUCGUGCCCGCCCCGCCGCAGCAGGGGGGCUGCGUCGUGACGGGCUCCGGGAAGGAACGGGAUCUUCUCACCGACUCUCAUGCGCCCACCGACUUGGAAGGCGCCGACCAGACCCGCAGCUUUCCCGGUGCCAGGCCACCAAGAUGCUGGCGUAAUCCUGGUAGCGAGCUGGUGCCGCGCUCGGCCGAGCCGGGCUACCUGGUGCCGAAGGUGGUGGCGGUCGACGCGGACGCGACGCAGAACGCGGAAGCCAUGCAAUUCUACCAGGUGCUCCACGCCACAAAGCCGGGGCUUUUCGCGUGGCGCUGCAGACUGGCGUAG